AUGUGGUCAACAUUCGUUUGGUACUUUGCUUAUAUAAUAAUAAUCAGUGGUCUAUUUUCAGAAAAACAUAAAUCUCUGGCUGAUAGUCGUCUGGUAUUACCGACAAGUAUCCCAGAUAUCGAAUAUGAACAGGUCAUUGCUAAACGUUACCUAUUUGCGCCAUUUGCCAAUGAAUCUACUGCUUGGCCAGUACUCACUAAUAUUCACAAUGUAUAUCAAGUUGUUUCAUUGCCACAAUAUUAUGCUCAAGCUGCUGAAGGGUUUUGGUUAUUGACUCAAAAUGAUCUGGGAACAGCAGGAUGGUUAUAUAUUGCUACUGAUACAGGUCUUCAUGGAUUAGACCUUUCAACAUUCAUUAUUCAUCCCUAUAUCAAUGAAAUUAAUGUAUCCGCUUCUUCUUUGGCAUGGAGUUCACAACAUCAGACAGUUUUCAUUGGUACAGAAACUAAACUGUGGAUUCAAUCAUAUGCUGCUGACGAUAAAGGAUGGCGUUUUGAGCACGUCACCGGGCUCAUUGAUGCACCGAUCACUU